AUGACGCAAACACCUGAGAUCAAAACUAGCCAAACCGAUGUUCUCAUCGUCGGUGCUGGGCCGGCGGGCCUCAUGCUGGCUAACUGGUUGAGUCGGUGUGGCGUCAAAACUCGCAUUGUGGAUAAGCGCGGUACAAAGAUCUUCAAUGGCCAAGCAGAUGGUCUUCAAUGUCGCACUCUCGAAAUCUUCGACUCCUUCGACUUCGCCCACCGUGCUUGGUGUGAAUCAAAUCAUAUGCUCGAAAUCUGCUUUUGGAAUCCGGACGAGAGCGGCACGAUACGACGAUCAGGUCGGAUCCCGGAUACCAUUCCCGGUAUCAGUCGGUUCCAGCAGGUCGUAUUGCAUCAGGGCCGUAUUGAGCGGUUUUUCCUUGAUUCUAUCAAGGAGCACAGCGAUAUCAAGGUUGAACGUGGCGUUUUACCUACGACCUUUGACUUUGAUGUCGGUAAAGCAGGGAACUUUGACGAUUAUCCUAUUACUGUCACUUUGCAAACCUUGUCAGAGAAUGAAGCCACCCCUCAACAACGGAAUCAGCAUCAAAAGUCCACUGAUGGAAAUCAUACGACCGUUAGUGAUGGGUUAUUUCGCAGUAAUCUUGCGCCUGACGACACGGACGAUCUCAUUAAUGCGGCAAAUGCUAACAAGAGCAACGACCACCACAUAGAAACGGUCCAGGCAAAGUUCAUGGUUGGAUGCGACGGCGCACAUUCAUGGGUGCGACGCCAACUCGGCUUCAGUCUCCAAGGCGAUUCAACAGACUAUGUAUGGGGAGUACUGGACAUCAUUCCUAUUACCGACUUCCCGGAUAUCCGACAACGAUGCGCAAUCCAUUCCGCAAUUUCAGGUAGUGUCAUGAUUAUUCCGCGUGAGAAUAAGCUUGUUCGGCUCUAUAUCCAGCUGCAGACAACGGAGCAUGUACAGAACAAAGGGAAAGUUGAUCGGUCCGGGAUUACUCCCGACAUCAUUCUACAAUCUGCGCAGAAGAUUAUGCAUCCCUAUAAACUGGAUUAUUCAUAUUGCGACUGGUGGACGGCAUAUCAGAUUGGUCAGCGUGUAGGCGACAAUUUCUCGCUUCAUGAGCGUGUGUUUUUGGCUGGUGAUGCAGUGCAUACGCAUUCUCCAAAGGCUGGACAGGGAAUGAAUGUGAGCAUGCAAGAUACUUAUAAUCUGGGCUGGAAACUCGCCCAUGUAGUCAAAGGGUACAGUGAUGGAUCGAUUUUGAAAACAUAUCAAUCAGAAAGAAGACGAAUUGCACAAGAUUUGAUUGCGUUCGACCAUCGCUUCUCGAGGCUUUUCUCCGGUCGUCCGGCAAAGGACGUCAUGGACGAAGAGGGUGUUAGCAUGGAAGAGUUCAAGACGGCAUUUGAAAAGGGGAAUGAAUUUGCUAGUGGUAUUGCGGUCAAUUACGGCGCGAGUGUGAUCGUUGCAAAGGAAGGAGACGCACAGGAACAAGGUGACGGCACAGAUGUGAUAGGAAAUCAGCUCCUUCGCAGCGUGAGCAAGCCUCAGCUAGCAACAGGCAUUGAUAUCGGAAAGCGCAUGCCCAGCUUCAAAGUUCUCAACCAAUCUGAUGCACGCCCGUGGCAUCUACAAGAACUACUAAAGAGCAAUGGUCGUUGGCGACUGAUCGUCUUCCCCGGCAAUCUCGCGCUUCCAGGAAACAUGCAGCGCAUACAAAAACUAGGAGAAAGACUUGGAGCCUCGGACUCAUUCAUCCGUCAAUAUACGCCCCCUGGCCAGCCAAUUGACAGUUUGAUCGAGGUUCUGACUAUUCAUGCGGGACCGCGAACAAGCUUUGAAUUACUCGAUUUGCCAGAAGCGUUUCAUCCGUAUAAUGCUAAGGAAGGCUGGGACUAUUGGAAAGUCUUCGUUGAUGAUCAGUCCUAUCAUGAGGGACAUGGCCAGGCUUAUGUCAAUUAUGGCAUAGAUCCAAGUCGUGGUGCUAGUGUGAUUGUUCGACCGGAUCAGUAUGUGAGUUGGGUAGGAGCAAUGGAUGAUUAUGACGAGAUGGCGAAGUUUUUCUCUGGUUUUAUGAGGCCGCAGGUCGCUGGAUCCGCCUAG